UCCCUUCAAAUAUAAAGCUCCACUAUUAUAAUCUUUGAUUUUCUUUCGAAGAAAAUAAUAUGCAUACGAAUAAAUAACUGAGGUUGAAAACAUUAUUAAAUGAUUCAUUAAUUUACGUUGACAUAUAACUAAAACAAAAACAAAAAAUAUAUAUUUUAUUUUCUCCCACAGGAAAUACUAUUUUGGUUUUAUGCGUGACUGUGCUCGAGCACGUUAUGCCAGCAGGUUGGGUGGGGAUACCGUUCCGCUUCGUUUUAAAUCUCACUUCUGUACAAUUUAUCGCUAUCGGGAACAUAAAAAACGGAGUUUGACUUAGUUUUUCAGACAACCUACAAACAUUUUGUUCAUAAACAUUUGUUGUUAUUCGUUGCGUUAGUUAUUUGUCAACGAUUCUCUUUGUACACAAAGUGCACCAAAAGUAUUGGAACACACCUUCCGUGCACACCUUCCGCCUAGCCUAUGAUGCGUUUAGGGGCUGCAUGAUUUCUACAAUACAAAACGAAUAAAUAAACUUGUUCUCAACCAUUAAACAGUUAAGCUAUUCAAGUAGCUGUUUAUUAUAAGCGUGCUGAUUCGAGUAGCUUUCUUGUAUAGAAAUACCUGUCAAUAGUAAUCGAUUGUUGCCUCAAGAAAUAACGUGUCAUCACUGAAGUGGGUAUUUACCACAUUAUCUUUUACCGUGAACACACUUCUUCACGUCCACUUACAACAUUCUCUCAUGGAGUGAUUCAUGUUGUUCUGGAAGGUAAAUGGUUCAGCCUGCAGCUGGUGCUCUAAAGAAAACAAGUGCGCAAAUCGUCAUCUAUAGACAUGCCUCUGUCAGGAUCAAGUGACCCUGGCUCGAGGGUUUCAGACCCACAACAUUCCCAGAAACUCCUCAGGGUCCUUCGAGUCUUCUGGCAAGAGCAAAGUUUCCACGAUGCAGUGCUGGUGGUGGAUGGAGAGGAGCUUCCGGUCCAGAAGAACAUCCUGGCUGCUGCUAGCCCUUACAUCAGGACCAAACUCAACUACAAUCCUCCAAAGGAAGACGGGUCUACAUACAGAAUUGAGCUGCAGGGGGUCUCCAUGUCUAUAAUGAAACAGAUUUUGGACUACAUCUUCAGUGGUGAAAUCACUUUAAGCGAAGAAACCAUCCAGGACAUGGUUCAGGCGUCCGACCUGCUCCUCAUGACGGACCUCAAGGCCCUGUGCUGCCAGUUCUUAGAGAGCUGCAUCACAGCAGAGAACUGCAUCGGCAUCCGCCUCUUCUCUCUGCACUACUGCCUCUACCACGUCCACUACGCCGCCACUGAGUUCCUGCAGACACAUUUUGGUGACGUAGCGCAUACCGAGGAGUUCAGGGAGCUGUCCCAUGACCGGCUCUGUGAGGUGCUGGCUAUGGAGAAGCUGAACGUGGGCAACGAGAAGCAUGUGCUGGAGGCUGUUGUGAGAUGGUUGGCUCAUGACCCCGAGGAUCGCAAGGUCCACAUGAAGGAAGUGAUGUCUGCAGUGUGGCUGCAGGGCCUCGACCUGAGCUACCUGAGAGAGCAGGCCAUGGGGGAGCCGCUGAUGAGGGAGGUGAUCAGAGAUUACUGUCAGUCUGUGCUGAGUGAUGGGCCGCUGCAAGGAGAGGCUAUGCUCACUGCCUUCAAACCCAGAGGUUACUCAGAGUGUAUCGUUAUCGCCGGAGGAGAGGAUCGCAAGACCAGGAAGCCCAUUGCUCUGACACGCUGCAUGUGUCCGCUCUACGACACCAACAGACAGGCCUGGAUCGAGCUGCAGCCAAUGAGCGUCGCACGCGUCAGCCACGGGGUGGUUGCUGCUGAGGGUUUUCUGUUCGUGAUAGGCGGAACAGAUGAACACAACACAGUGCUGGAGAGUGGAGAGAAAUAUGACCCUGAUUCCAACACCUGGAGCCCGAUAAACACCAUGCUGCAGGCUCGCCAUAGCUUCGGUGUGGUCGAGCUGGACGGUCUUAUCUACGUCCUCGGAGGAGAGAAUGAAGAAUCAGAGCUGAUCACCGUAGAAGUGUUUGACCCUCACUUCAAUACCUGGAGAAUGACCACUAGUAUGACCAUGAUCCGCAAGGUUGGCUGCUACGCCUCUAUGAAUAAGAAGAUCUAUGCCAUCGGUGGGGGAUCCUACGGGAAGCUGUUUGACUCUGUUGAAGCCUUUGAUCCCAAAACGCAGCACUGGACCGGCCUCUGUCCUCUGAAAGAGAGAAGGUUUGGUUCGGUGGCGUGUGGCGUUAGCCAGGAGCUCUAUGUGUUCGGUGGCGUACGAAGCCAAGAGAACGACAACCCCGAGCAAAGACAGAUGACGACCUGCAAGUCUGAGUUCUACCAUGACGAGAUGAGGAGGUGGAUGUUCCUGGACGACCAGAGCCUGUGUGUUCAAACCAGUUCAUCCUUUGUAUACGGUGCUGUGCCCAUUGGAGCCAGCGUCUAUGUGGUGGGAGAUCUCGACACGGGAACGAGCUUCGACUACAUCCGGGAGUUUCGGCGCAGCAGCGGGACAUGGCAUCGCACUAAACCCAUGUUACCCUCUGACAUCUCCAAAACAGCCUGCGCAGCCCUGCGCCUCGCCAACUGUCGCCUGUUCCGCCUUCAGCUGAAGCAGGGCAUAUUCAGGAUCAGAAUAUGACGUGAACGACAGGCGGUGGCUCGGUAUCACUCUGCACUCCACCUUUGCACACUGAAACGGUCUGCCAGCUGCAGGAUUGGGUUGAGGGAUUUGAAGAACACUAGUAUGUUUUACUUUUUUUAGACUUAAAGAUGGGGAACUGUCUGUUCAGGUUUAAGAAUGAAGACGGGGCAGCAGUUCAUCCAAACAUGUUUUUAAACAUCGAAGGUUUUAUGGGAUUUUUUUUUAAUGCAAUUUCUUAUUUUUUAAGACAUUUUUAUUUUUUGUCUUUUACUUUAAUGGAUGCUCAUUUCUUCUGUUUACGGGUGAUCUUUUGCCUUAUGAGGGAUUUAACACUGAAAACUACUAAUUAAUCACAGGAGGGAUCAUGAUUCAUACUGCUGUGUUGCAAUCUGCUUUAAGUUCUGCUGUAUUUAGUUUUGAGAUGGUGGUUUUUUUCCUUGUUAUAACUUGUAGCCCACAUGAUCACACUGGAGGGGAGGUUCAAGUGGAGGAAAUGUUUCUGCUAUGUUAACAGACAGUUCUGUGGGAGGUGAGACCUUUGUGUUAGUCCCUUCAAAUCAAAGAGCAAGGGUAUGUUUUUUUUCCAUUAUUUAUACAUGUGAAGAAACCGUCUGCACGAGGCAAAAUACUAUCCUGCCUUUAUUUACUGCUACAAUUCUAGGUAUAGACCAGAAUGCAAUGCAACAACAAUGAAGGCAGAAAGCCUCGGCACACUUCAAAGUAACUCUGAUCAAAGAGGAUCACUGCCUCUAAUACUGUGUGAGAAAACUGCGUCACAAUCUCAGUCUGCCGAUAAAGAACAGAUCUUGAGAGGAGUCGGAUUGUGCAAUGAAUUGUUACAACUAGCAACGUCUGUGUCUAUAAGAAGCUACAGCCAAAGCAUAGGAACUUGUUUUAAUUUGGAGCUUUAUUCUGAAAGGGACAAAGUUGUGUCAGCUGCCUUAUUCUGCAUCACUUUAGGUUGUGUUCUGUUUGGUAGGUUUGUAGAAGAAGUUGCGUUGUGAAAAUUUGGUUUUCAGAUUGUCAAUAAUGACAUUUCUUCAUGUAUUCCUACAGCAGCUGUAGGAAUUCUGUCUUUUGUUAAAUUGGAGGGGGCUUAAUGUAAGGCCUGAUGUUUUUAUGAAGCCAUAGAGUGUGCAGUGGGAGAGCUGGAGUGCAAUCAUCUCCCUUAAACUUAAGAGACUACCCUGAAUUCUCCUGCGGGAGUCCAGCUCUUUUAACCUCUUCCCUGACAUUAGCCUCAACGUUGUAGCUGUAACUCUGAAGAGGAAGACCCCCUUAUCUAAAUGAAAAGAAGUUGAACCCAAAACUGUUUUCUAGUUGCUACUUAGCAAAGUGUGUGUGUGUGUGUGUGUUACUUAAAGCUUCUGUGAGGAGUUUAAAUGAAUAUUGACGUCUAUAGGAGCUACAAAAGCAAACAACACCAACAGUAUAAAGAUAAACUUGUUCUAUGUAGUUAUUUUUCAUGUCUGAAACUGCUGCCACACAGUAGGUGUCAGACGAAGUGAUAAACUGCAGAAACAUCCUUUGUUUACGGUUUCUGUGGCAACAAUUCCCAAUGAGGGAAAUGUUUGACUGUUAGAAAGAAGGCAUAAAAACUGUAAUUACACGUGUGCAGGGGGAAAAAACGAGCAAAGGCAUAAGAGGUACCACUGGGAUUACCAAAACUGAACACAAACGUUCCUCACAGGAGCUUUAACUUUACCGAGAGUGUAGACCCAGAGGAUGAGCACACUGUGUAACUAUUUAUCAUGUAAUUACGAAGACUCGUCUGGUUUUGUCUUUGCUCUCAUUUGGCUGCCUGAUGUUGUUUCACCACAUUUUUUCUCACAUGUCAAUGUGGUUGUUGACAGAAUCACACGAGAUUGUCACAUGAAACGUCUCAUCUGCUGUCAUGUUUAUUCUUCCUGUAAAAACCCCGCUAAGCUAUGCAACAAAAUAACCAUAAAUACGUGUAGAAAACCAGUUACUGAAAUAAAGAAACUAUAAAAUUAUAGAUACAUCAAAGUCAUGAUUAUGUCCCAGAAUGUUUUGCAUCAUGUGAAUGUUUGCACCGUCGAGCACAAGCGCUUUGUCUGAUUGUCACUUUUUUGUCAUCGGCCGAGCUGUGUGGGCUCUGCCUGGUCAGAAAUAGACGUCUGUGUGAGUGUAACUCUUGAAUUGCAGGAUGUGUUGCUGCCUCUGUGACCUCUGACCUGGCUUUCCAGUCAGAACACUUUUGGCAUCCUGACCCCGUUUGUUCUGUGUGAGUUACAGCUGCUGCUGUCUGUCCUCAGCCCAGGGCGGUGAAUACACAGCAGACACCAUCAUUCUCUCUCUCUCUCUCAUGUUAUCACGUCACACAUUAGAACACUAACAAAGAUCAACCCUAGGUGUGGUAAAGGACUAUUAAAGAUGUCUUGAAAUUG